UAAAUCUCAUUUAAGCUAAUGAAUCAUGAUUAAGGCUUCCCUUGAUUCUCAACAUGAGUCGACGAAAGGGAAUAAUCUUCGUCGCCUUCGAUGAUAACAAAAAAGCUCCAUGAAAACUCAUAUCUGCCUUUUAGCGUCUCGAUGAUGUCCAGGUGAUAGCUGCAGCAGGGAUGGUUCAAUUUAUAUAUCUGCUGUGAGUAAGUAAAAGAAACCGUUCAUUAUCAGGUCAGCUGUGGUUUUCAGGUCUGUUCUUCUUUCCCCUUUCACCAUUUUUGUCGCAGUUUUCUAUCCGUUUGAAGCUUCAUUGUUUGAAUUUCAGUCGAUCCAUUAAAUUUGAGGUUCUUACUUGUUCUAUUCCGAUUCUCUCUGUAUUUGAUCACUGAUUUGGUUGAGCGGUUUUUAUGAGGGUUUUCCGAUUUCAGAAGUUUGAUUCCUUAGUAUCAUUUAGAAAUUGGGCAAGAACUCAUGGGGAAUGCCUCAUCGAUGCUCACUCAAUAUGAUAUUGAAGAAGUUCAAGAGCACUGCAAUAAGCUUUUCUCCCAACAGGAAAUAGUGUCAUUGUUUCAGAAAUUCUGCCAGCUUGAUAGAAAUUCCAAGGGGUUUAUUUCAGCUGAUGAGUUCCUCUCAGUUCCUGAAUUUGCUAUGAAUCCACUUUCUCAGCGUCUGCUCAAGAUGGUUGAUGGUUUGAAUUUCAAGGAUUUUGUGGCUUUCUUGUCAGCAUUCAGUGCUAAAGCUAGUUUGCACCAUAAGAUUGAAUUUAUUUUCAAGCUAUAUGAUGUCGACUGCAACCGGAAGGUGUCUUUCAACCACAUCAUUGAAGUGCUUGGGGAUUUGUCUAGUUCAUUCAUCUCCGACGAGGAGAGAGAGCAAGUAUUGUGCCAAUUAUUACAAGAAGCAGGCUAUACAAGAAACUCUCUCUUGACACUCGAUGACUGCAUCAAGGUACUGUUAACGUUCUUGAUAAAUCAGGCAUAAGAAUGGAUGUAGAAGUUCCAGUUGACUAGCUGUUGAUCUGUUAGGCUAUUUACUUUCAGAAAAGAAGUCAAAACUCAACGACUCUCAACUGACCUGAAUGCACAUAUCUGCUUCAGUUCAUCUCUGUUGCAGAAAGUUCUGAUGGAAGACAAGAUUUUACUCUUUUUUCAGCAUGCCCUUCUCUUUGUCAUCAUUUGUAAAGACUGUCAAUCAAUGAUAUCCAUAGUAAGGUUAAUCGACACCGAUUCUUGAUCA